AUGCUCCAGGAACUGCGCACAUCCAUGAAAGCUGACUUCCAAACAGAAGUCACUGACAUCCGCAAAGAAAUGCUGGAAGUGGGAGCAUGUGUGAACGCUCUGGAAGUCAAGGCGGAUGAACUCUGUCUGGCUAAUGAUGCAAUGAUGGAGAAAAUCUGUAGAAUGGAAGUAGAUCUGGAAGACCGCUCCCGCUGCAACAACAUCCACGUGCGCGGUGUGCCAGAGACAAUACCAAGCGAGGAGCUGCCAAAUUACUUGCAACAGCUCUUUCGGGCAAUACAACCUUCCCUGGAACCUGCAGACCUCAUGGACAGGGCACAAAGAGUACCAAAACCCAAAAACCUAGCACAAGAUGUGCCCAGGGACAUAGUAACCAGACUCCACUAUUAUAGCUCUAAAGAAGCCAUAUUGACGGCACAAAGGAAAGCCUUGACGAUGCCACCUUCCUACGAUGGAAUAUCCCUUUACACUGACUUAUCACCAACGACUAUGUCCAGAAGAAGGGACUUUAUUAAUAUAACUAAGUGCCUCUGCAACCACAAACUCCUGAUCUGGCGAAUGCGCUCCCUCACAAAGCUUGAAGACCCAGCCCACGGCAUGGACAAGAUCAGAGCCUGUUUCCUGAGAAGCAGAUGA